CCGAAUACCAGUUGUAUAUGACAAGAACAGCCACCGUUUUAUGGGUACACGGAGCACGUCCACAACAACAAACACGGCUUCGAACUAAUUAGUUACCGCCAUAUUUUAGACGUGACGUUUAAUAGAGGAAGCUAACAAAUCUCUGUGUGUAGAAUCUUCACACCUUCAUUGCCUCCUCUGCUUCUCUCUGUCUCUCUGUCUCUCUCUACCAACUCUAGGGUUUCGCAGCGCUAUCCACCAAAUAUAGACCAGAAGCUUUCAAUGGACGACAAUCAAAUUUCACUCGGCGUUGAACAGGAGGAAAUCUCCGAUUCCUUCAUCUGCUGCGUUUGUUUGGAUCUUCUUUACAAGCCUAUAGUGAUCUCUUGUGGUCACGUUUCGUGUUUCUGGUGUGUGCAUAGAUCGAUGAGCAGUCUAGGCCAAUCUCAAUGUCCGCUUUGUAGGCAUGAGUAUAAUCAUUUUCCAACCAUCUGUCAAAUGCUUCAUUUUUUGCUACUCAAGAAGUACCCUGUUGCCUAUAAGAGAAGGGAAUUGCAAAUUCUUGAGGAAGAGAAGAGAAGUGGCUGCUUCUCGCCGCAGUUAAAUGCACAUGGAUGCAGCUCACAAGCUAGUCAAGACUUGCAUAUUCAGAAUAAUGACACAGCUGGUCCUAAGCAAACCCAUGGUGGAGAUUAUGAGGGAAUUGGGAAUGUUACUGAUGAAGAAAAGAAUUCCGUGUUAAACACGGAUAGCAGGAGUGGCGACUGGAUUUCAGUUGCUGAUGUGAUAUGUGCCGCAUGCAAGCAACUGUUGUUUCAUCCUGUGGUUCUUAACUGUGGCCACGUAUAUUGUGAAAGUUGCAUUGUUAAACCAGAUGAACAGAUGCUUAGAUGUAACGAUUGUCAAAGUUCUCAUCCAUCAGGAUUUCCAAAAGUUUGUUUGGUGCUUGGACACUUUCUGGAGGAGCAAUUUCCAAAAGAAUAUGCACUUAGAAGAGCUGCUGUACAGCUUAAACAAGCUGAUUCGCAGCAUGAGAACCCAAAUGCCUGUGCAACAAAAGCUGAUACGCAAAGAAAGAAGUUAUCAUCAUGGUCUGACCCAAUUCACAUAAGAUUUGGUUGUGAUUCUUGUGGGAUGUAUCCCAUCAUUGGGGAUAGAUACAAUUGCUUAGAUUGUUUCGAGAAAAAAGGAUUCGACCUUUGCAGCCAUUGUUAUAACACCAAUUCUAAGCUUCCAGGUCGAUUUAAUCAGCAGCAUACACCGGAACACAGGUUUAAGCUUGUACGCAAGGACUCGAUUCGUAAUCAGUUAAAGCUAGUGAUCGGAGACUUAGAUGAUAUUUCUCUUGCUCUCAUUAUCGCUAGUAUUAGUUCAGAAGGAACCAUUUCUCCUGAUGCUCAGGAAGAUGCCGAGAAUAGAUCAGCUGCCCAUGCUCCCUCCACUAGUAGUGGAGAUGAACAAGAUGAGUCUUUAACCUCAGAUUGAGAAAUGAUUAAAACCAGCAAAACCGCAGCUUAGUAGUUAUGUAUUUAAAUGUAGAGUUUUGGAAUACAGUAAUGUAUGUUGAAAAUGCUAUGCUUCCCAAGUAUUAAGGAGGGUGUAUUCAAUUUAAAUUUUAAAUGAUUUUAAAAGAGUUAUAAA